CUUACCUCCAGCUGAGCCUUGGUGCAUUGUGAGAUGGGAAGGUAGGUGUGACAUGUACUGUUUGGGUGAUCGUUUGCAGCAAAUGGACUUAAUGUCCAUUGAGUGAACCUGCGAUGUUGAGUUUUUUUAAAAAGGUGCUGUAGGUCAGAGGGCCUAUUGCUAUACCAUCAAACCCUUGGCACUCAUACUGCUGACCCACUGCUUCUCAUUCUGCUGUGUAUCCUGUCCCUCUAUGCUGACCCUGGUUGGGUAGUUAAGGGGACCACUUCACAGUGGUAUUGGUGUUUCCCUGGCCUUCUGCAUAUGUCUAGUAACCAUCCAAGGGAAGGGUGUGAUGCGAGUUCCUGUACUUAUCACCCCUCUCUUGCUUUUACCAGCACAAGAGACCAUGGCGGUCCUGAAGGAAUGGACCCAGAUGGUGUUAUUGAGAGCAACUGGAAUGACAUUACAGAUAAUUUUGAUGAUAUGAACUUGAAGGAAUCUUUGCUUAGAGGUAUCUACGCCUAUGGAUUUGAAAAGCCGUCUGCCAUUCAGCAGAGGGCGAUUAUUCCUUGCAUCAAAGGGUAUGAUGUUAUUGCUCAAGCCCAGUCUGGUACUGGGAAGACUGCCACAUUUGCAAUUUCUAUCUUACAGCAGUUGGCGAUUGAUGUAAAGGAGACUCAAGCACUUGUAUUGGCUCCUACCAGGGAGCUGGCUCAACAGAUCCAAAAGGUCAUCUUGGCUCUUGGCGACUAUAUGGGUGCAACUUGUCAUGCUUGUAUAGGUGGUACCAAUGUUCGCAAUGAAAUGCAGAAGCUUCAGGCAGAGGCUCCCCACAUAGUGGUUGGCACUCCUGGAAGAGUCUUUGACAUGCUCAACAGAAGAUACUUGUCUCCUAAAUGGAUAAAGAUGUUCGUCUUGGAUGAAGCUGAUGAAAUGUUGAGCCGUGGCUUUAAGGAUCAGAUAUACGAAAUCUUCCAAAAGCUAAGCACAAAUAUUCAGGUUGUGCUGCUCUCUGCUACUAUGCCAGCUGAUGUUCUGGAGGUGACCAAAAAGUUCAUGCGGGAUCCAGUGCGCAUCCUGGUAAAGAAAGAAGAGCUGACCCUUGAGGGCAUUAAACAGUUCUAUAUUAAUGUUGAAAGAGAGGAGUGGAAACUCGAUACGUUGUGUGACUUGUAUGAAACCUUGACUAUAACUCAAGCUGUGAUCUUCCUGAAUACACGGAGGAAGGUUGAUUGGUUAACAGAAAAAAUGCAUGCUAGAGACUUCACUGUUUCUGCAUUGCAUGGUGACAUGGACCAGAAGGAGCGGGAUGUCAUCAUGAGAGAGUUUCGGUCCGGUUCAAGUCGUGUGCUAAUUACAACGGACUUGCUGGCUCGUGGUAUUGAUGUGCAGCAAGUUUCUCUGGUUAUAAAUUAUGAUCUACCCACAAACAGAGAGAACUACAUUCAUAGAAUUGGCCGUGGUGGUCGGUUUGGUAGAAAAGGUGUUGCCAUUAACUUUGUUACUGAAGAAGAUAAAAGAAUUCUUCGGGAUAUUGAGACUUUCUACAAUACUACUGUUGAAGAAAUGCCAAUGAAUGUAGCUGAUCUAAUCUAGUCCUGGGAUGAGAUUAUGGUUGCAGUGCACUUUUUUUUUUUCUGCUGAGUGAGCAGAUCGCAAUUCACUGUGCUUCAUUUUGGGGAGUAUUGACUCGUUUCUAUAUGUUCGGAAAGGAUCAAAAAUUGUUUUGUAUUUUGAGGAGACUUCUUGAACUCGGAGAAAGCCAUUGGCUAAUUCAUUUGGACGAAUGUUGAAAAGACAUGGGAGCUGUAAACUUUUUCUUUGGACAUUUAUUUCAUAAUUCUCUAGAGAUAGUUGUAUUGGAUAUUCUGUAUCAUUUAAUUAUUUACUUAUGGACUAAAAGAUACAAGUGUUGUGUCAAAUCUGCCAAUUAUGUUAAGCUAGCAUAUUUGCCCUUAUUGUGCAAUGCACUUUACAGAUGGCCUUUCAAAUUUACAAGGACUGUAAAAGCACUUUUCUAGUGGAUGAAUGCAUUUUUGUUGUGCUAUAUUUGUAUUUAAUAAAGUAUUUAAUUACUGGUA